AGGACCGCUAGGGGCUGGAGCCGCGGGAAGCCUCCGCGCCGCUGGUCUCUAACUUGGCUGCCCGGGCGGGAAGGAGGCGCCCAGCCUCCUCUCAGCUGGCUUCUGCCUGGUCUGAUUGCCACACUGGCUGCAUGCACCUGUGCACCCCACAGAUGAGAGCGAUCUGGGCACCUUCUCUCCUACGGUGCAAUGAAGCACCGUUUCUCUGCCCUGGUGUCGAGCCAGGUCUGACAGGUCUGACCAGUGCGGUCCUGCGUGGGUCCUGUCAUGUGUGCUUUAGGGACCUGGCGGGAGGUGCGGCUCCUCAUCCCACCUACAGGAAGUCCAACUGGAGGAAGGAGGCCAAACUCGGGGGGCGGGGCUCGGCGCUACUGCAAAGCCCAGACGCCCUGCGGCCCCCAGACUCGACCCCGCCGUAGACCCGGUUCUUCGGGUUCGCCGUGGUGCUGGGCAUUGUCUCCAUCGGAUGGCGAGCUCCCGCGGGGAUCCGGAGUCAGAGCCCGAGUCAGUGUUUCCUCGGGAGGUUGGGCUCUUUGCCGACUUUUACUCGGAGAGGAGCCGGUUCUGCUUCUGUGGGCACGUACUGAGCAUCAAGCAGACCUUUGGGUCCUGCCUCGGGGUGGCGGCGCGCGUGUGGGACGCGGCUCUGAGCCUGUGCAACUAUUUCGAGAGUCAAAAUGUGGAUUUUCGAGGAAAGAAAGUGAUCGAAUUGGGCGCGGGGACUGGCAUCGUGGGAAUCUUGGCAGCGCUGCAGGGGGGGGAUGUUACCAUCACUGACCUGCCUCUGGCCCUAGAGCAGAUCCAGGGCAACGUCCAAGCUAAUGUGCCAGCUGGAGGCCGGGCGCAGGUCCGUGCUUUAUCCUGGGGGAUUGACCAGCAUGUCUUUCCUGGAGACUAUGACCUGGUGCUGGGGGCUGAUAUCGUGUACCUGGAACCCACCUUCCCACUGCUGCUGGGGACCCUCCAACACCUGUGCGGGCCCCAUGGCACCAUCUAUCUGGCCUCCAAGAUGAGAGAGGAGCAUGGGACAGAGAAUUUCUUUCAGCACCUCCUGCCCCAGCACUUCCAACUGGAGCUGGCCCAGCGGGAUGAGGAUGAGAAUGUCAACAUAUAUAGAGCCAGGCACUGGGAAUCGAGACCUGUUUGAUGUCACCUCUCCUGUUCUCAGCCCUUUGUCCCAGUGAAGGAACUUCAUCUCUCCAAAGCUGUAACUUCAGAACCAUAACCAUAGGGACCCAAAAGGAUCACUUUCUCUCCCCUCUUUUUUUUUCUUCCUUCUUUAUUCCCUCAGAUAUUCGUGGGCAGAUACAAUGAGGUGCCUGCUUGCUGAGAUUCUUGGCAGUGCUGGCAUUACAGCACAAAGGAGGUUCCUGACUCCUGUUCUUAGAGAAGGACAGGAUAGUACCCGGUAAUUUUAGGAAUAAGGAAGUUAAAUAAGGUAUUUGAGCAGUGGCUCCAGUCUGUCCCUGAUGACAUCCAGUCCUGCUGUUGUCUAUACAGGAUACUUUUUUUUUUUUUGAGACAGAGUCUCACUAUGUAGUCCAGG